CUGGAUAUAUUUCCGGCUUUAAACCCACCCUGCAUGUAAGGGGGAGGAGUAGCAAAUGGGAAAAACAACCUGAAAAAAAAAAAAGUCCUAAGCAGCAUGAGCGACAUAGUGUAAUGAGAGCAAAUAGGCUGCAGUGAGUGAGCUCAGAGCAGAACACAUUGAUACCAGCCAACAGCAGCCACAAUGGCCCCCCAGCUCCUACUGCUCAUCCUGGGCUACAACCUGCUCCCCGGGACCUCAGGUAACCGACACAUGGAAAGCCUUCAUUAUGGCACAGAUUGCAGUGCUCCAUACACGGCAUACAUACUGGGAGUUGGAAUGUAUGCAGGCUGAGCGUGCUGGGAGCUGCAGUGCCUCGCCAUAGGAGCACUUGGUUAUAGUCAUCUCAUUGCAAUGAAGUCGGGCAAUUUGAUUGCUUGUGGCUGCCUUAACAUACAUACAUGCAUGAAGUGAUUUAUUAAAGGGACAGCGCGUGUUAUUUACCAAACAUACAUACAUGCAACCAGUGAUAGGAUCUACAUGCAUGUAGUGAUUUAUUAAAGGGACAGCUCGUGUUAUUUACCAAACAUACAUACAUGCAACCAGUGAUAGGAUCUAAAGCAUGUGGUGAUUUAUUAAAGGGACAGCUCGUGUUAUUUACCAGUGUCGUGAUUAGUGUUCUUAUAUAAAUCGUGAUUUCCGUGGCGUUAGAUCUAAUCAUGAGGCCGUGUACUAUAUAAAUAGGAACAGAUAAAAGAAAAUGGAUCGAUUAACCCAUUGUUCACCAUGUGUGCGGAGAUCACAUGACCUUGUUUUUCUGUAUUUAGGGCGGAGAGAAUACUAUAACUAUCUGCCCUGUUUGUGUGAGGUAUCUGGGAUUGGAUAGCCUUGUCGCUGUGCUUUCUAUUUUCACUUCUUAUUGGCUAUGCUGAUUGGUUUCCAGUUUCAGUAAACAUGUGUACUUUAAUAGAAUUAGGCACUCCCUGCUGCUGAAAUUAGCCAAACAAAACCCAAAAUGGGGUUAUGUAACACUUCAAUUACUCAGAGAGUACCCAGAUUUCUAGGAAAUGGUGAUACAAUGUUUCUCUAAAGACCUAGCUUAUGCAUGUUGGGUAGCGCAUGAAAAGUGCUCCCCUAAAGUAUGAUGAAUUCGAAAUCUGCACGUAGGACUCUAGUUAACAUCAAAAAGGAAUAUUGAAACAUAUGCACUUAUACUGCAGGGCUGGCCUUCCCAUUUGCUAUCUAUUGUUAGGAAAAAUAGGGUGGAUCCAACAACCCUAUUUAUUAUUCAUUUGCUAGUCUGUUGGCUGCUAUGGACAGAUUCAUUUGUAAGUGGACAAAUGGCACUCCUACACCCCUGCUGUUCCUAUUCAGGCCACCAAAAGCAACAAUUCAACUGUUUGACUGUAACCCUUGUUGAAAAUGAAGGGAGAGAUAUGGGAGUUGUGGUCAUCAAAAGGCUAGAAAGUUGUAGUUCCUUAGGAGGCAUUUUUUUUUCUUCUUUUCAAUAAAAUAUUUUAUCAGGAAAGAUACAUUGAGAUUUCUCUCGUUUUCAAGUAUGUCCUGGGUCCACAAAACAUUGCAUUGAUACAUUAGGGUACAAUAAAAUACAAAAACAAUAUUAAUACACAAUAUAUACAAAAUGUAACAUAGAACAAGUAGGAAAUAUAUAAUCAACCAUAACACGUGCAUUCUGUUUUGAGGUAUCUAGAGAGGGAUCUCUUAAAGUAUUUCAGGCUUGGGGAGGUCAUUCUAUAAUUGCGGUGCACUGUAGAAAAGAAAAAGGAGGAUCGGGCUGCUUUUCUGUGCUGACUGGUUGCCAGAAAUGAUCAAUAAUGACCUAAUAAAAUUGUAAUGUCAUAUCUUAUUUCAUUUCAAGUAUUCAGAUUAAAGUGAGAAUUCAAAAGGAAUUUUAAAGUCAAAAUUGCUGAAUUGGAAACAUUUUCUAAGUCCGCUUUGCUUUCAGUAUUGGCUGUCCUGGCGUUAAAUUAGAAUUCUCACUUUACUUAAUAACCUUGUUGUCUAAACUUAGGAUAACGUUGGGGGAUAAAUCGGGUUCCUAUAGCAUUCACUACUUUUAUUUGCUUAAAUAGGAUGGUCGCCAUAUGGCACCUCCACAUAUACUUUGCAGAAAAAGCGUAAACAUUUUGGCAGAAAAGUAAUUUUUAUUUUUCCCUUUGCAUGGUCAAAAGGAUGCUCCCGUUUUACAAAUAAAUAGAUGGCCAAAUGAGAAGGCAGAGAGAUUCCUCAAAUUACAGCCUUGAUGUGAUACUUUUAGAUAAGCUUUUCAAAUAAUUUAAUAUUUUUGGAUCAACUUUGAACUUUUUUAUUUUUUUCUUACAAAAAAACUAAACAAAACCCUUUUGAAAGUAGUAUCAUUAUAGUCCCCAAAACCGCUUUAGCAUAAUAAAAAUCAUGCAUUUAAAGUUUCACUGCUCAAUUAACUGCCAUUUAGGAGUUAAAUCCCUUUUGUUUCUGUUUAUGCCGUUCUAGCCACACCUCCCCCAUAUGUAACUGACACAAUGUGCAUGAAAAUAAAAUGGUUUCAUUUUCAAAUAGAUGUGACUUUUUUUUUUUUUUUUUUUUAAAUCUCCUAUUCUGUAAAUUGGACUUUAAUUGCAUACAUAAGGCUCCUGUAAGAUAUAACAAGCUAUUGACAGAGCAGGAGAUCAGAAAUUCUAAUUUAAACAGAAUUUGCAAUAAAGGAUGUGUAAACAUUAGAAGACUCUUUACCGAAAGUGUUUAGGAAGGUUGUGUAUGUCACAUGCAGGGAGGCAUGACUAGGCUGUAUAAACAAAGUGAUUUAACUCCUAAAUGGCAGAGAAUUAAGCAGUGACACUAGAGGGGUGUGAUCUAUAAACCAAAAACUGCCCAAUUAAGCUAAAGUUGUUUUGGUGACUAGUGUCCCUUUAAAUUAAAGGUUGUUUUUUUCCAGAAUUUAUUUAAGACAAUUGGGUACUUAAAAAUCUAGUACUUGUGGUGAUUGGAGAAGCCGUUUCCUCCAUCUUGGAGAGAGUUUAUAUUCACAAGAGGGCCUCCUCUGCAGUAAAUAGCAACAGUGAGGUAGCUGAAAUGUCAGUCUGUCUUUAACUUAUACCUCUGGGGAAGUUCAGAGCAGGCACAUGUAAAAAAUAUCACACCCAGGGUAGUUACUCUCUAGAAUAGAAUGGGUUAAGUAAAUAAUUAGGAGCUGACAAUGAUUUGCUUCUCUACAACCUUGCCAGUCUGCUUUUGCCAAAGUACUAGGCUAAGAGUAAAAAUUGGAUCCCUAAAGAUUCUCUUUCUUUCUGGUGGCAAAUACAACUCCCAUGAACCUUAGUAAUUAUAUAGGCAUUUGACUAUCCCUUUUAUAAACGGUUCUGUUUGUAAAGUUUAGGUCUCUAGAUCAAAGCACUGUAAGCCCCAAAGGGCAUACGUUCCUGUCUUUAAAGUUAACCUGAACGAAAUGUAUUUAUAUGUUGAAAUCCAUAUAUAAACGUGGCUCCAUAUGGUAAAGGUAGUACCUGCUUAAAUCCCUUUGCUAAAACACCUGUACCGUCUUGUUCUACGUUGGAUCUUCUCCUGCAUAGAGAGGGUGAACCCAGAUGGAACAGCCAGUACUGGGUACUUGUAACAACUACACAAGUCAUUAUCAUAUCUACACUAAGAGUAUUCCUAUAGGGAUAGGCACUUGCCUUCUUUCAACCAAACUAGAGGUAGUAAUUUGUGAAUAACCUCCUAUUCAAUUAGGAGGAAGUAGUUUUAGCAUUAUAAUUGGAUCGACCCACAGAUGUUACUAGAAUGAAUGAAUGUGUUAACAGAAAUUGGGAGAUUUCAGGCUGGACCUUUUCCUUAAAGCAGUUGGAAAUUCUUAAACACCCUGGGUAAAAACAGAACAUUGCAUGUUAAAGCGGCACUGUAAUGCCGAACUUACCUUUCUUUAAUCGCUUCCUCUUCUCUCCCUCUGUCAUGAUCUGUUCUUCAUUUCUUAUAACAAGAAGGGGGUGGCGACGCCUUUUUGUCCUCACCCCUGAGUGGGGACCUUAAAUAACAAGGGGGGGGCCUACUAUCCUCCCCCCUGGCCCUCACCCUUCAGCAGUGGGUGCUCUAAAUGUAGGGGGGGUACCUAUUGUCCUCCAUAAGACAAAGUAGUCCCUACUUUUUUCUUAUGUUUUAAAAAAAAAAAAAUUAGAGCAGACAGGAAGAAAUGAAGAACAGAUUCUAACAGAGGGAGAUGGGGGAAUCGAUUUAAAGAAAGGUAAGUUCAGCAUGACAGUGCCGCUUCAGUGGUCUGCAAACCUAUCUAUAUACAGGAAUGGAAAUUCCCUCUCUUUGAGACACACAAUUUUCCUGCAGGAAUUUUUUUUUUUCCAUCUGCAUAACAUUGGUGUUUUUAAUAUAAUGGUUUGUAUUUUUCUCCAUUUUUGAUUAUGCCGGUCAUAUUUGUAUUACACCUGAUAUAGUGAUUGGUACUAUUGACCCACAAUUAACUAUAUGAUAAAGUAUGCCUGACCGCCUGUGUGUCAUCUUCUAUUUUCAGCUCUUACAAAGCAAAACUCUACUUCUGAGCCGACUGUAUCUCCAUGGCACCAGGAGGUGUCAGCAGAAUCCGUAUCAUUCUAUAAAGAGACGGAACAGUCAUUACAAUCAUCAGAUAAGUCUCAUGAAGCACAGCCUGUUAUCAGCAUUAGCGAGAGGGUUCAAGCAAAACCCCGUGAAAAAAAAGAUCUGGGGACAUUAGGUGAGUGUCAUUUACUAAUUUCUAAGCAAUGCAUGUCUCAUUCCAGGUGUGGCAACACACGCCUGCUUGUUACAUUUUGGUGAUGCCUUCCUCUCUCUACAGGGUAUGUCCUGGGAAUUCUCAUGGUUGUUAUAAUUAUUGUCAUCGGCAGUGGCAUUGUAGUUGGAUAUAUGUAUAAGAGGUAAGUAACCAACUUUCUUACUUUGCUUUAUUACUUAUCUACAAUAGCUUAAAAAUAAUCUGAUAAAACGGUCAAAACCCAAAGACAUCAAAGGGAAGCGACUAUCACCAAUGAGACACCCGUGACAAUCACACACACAGGACGAAACUGACGGACCCCUCGACCUCACUUCCCGACAACUAACCCCCUGCCCCAAUGGACCUCGAACAGACCUACCUAACAGGGAACCCAAGACUGUGUCUCCCUGCUGUCCACAAACCAUCUCCACCCACCUCCGAACGCCGUGCUCGGCUUGCCAAGACAUAUAACUCGACCAACACAGAAGCCGCUGAAACCACGACAAGUGGCUGCCUCCUAAUACCUACCCCAUCCAGCAGGCUACCUGCACUAAGGAAAUGCACCACAUAGCUGGAAAUGCCUACUGUACAACCUACAAUGCAUACUAUGUACAUCCGUAGUUUACAACAAAACUGUAUACUUUACGGACUUGUCCAACAAUGCUAUGUAUGCCAUUGUAUCGAUGUUUAAUGCUUAUUAUAUGACAACAAUAAAAACUAAUCUGAUAAAGAGCAACACCGACACAGAUCAGAAACUGCAUACCCAUGACAUGGUGUAAUCUCAAAUUGUGAACCACCGUAUGACCUCUUUUGCUAAUUUGAUCAGAUCCUAAGUGCCAGUGCUUUGGCUUUAUGUAUAACCUUUGCUCUCAUACCUAUGUAUUAUCACAAGGGCAAUGAUUUCUUCAACCUACUCCAGAACUUAAUCAGUAUUCUAUUAGAUUUACUGCUUGUACCCUUGACAUUCUAUUUCCUGUCUUUUCUUACCACUUCCUGAUGCUUUCUCUGCUGAACACCUUUUUAUUGCCUCCUCCUAGGGCAAGAGACCUAAAGCGCAAGCACGAUCAAGAGAUCGAGGAGAGGCGAAUUCAGAGGAUAAAUUUACCACUCUCUGCCUUUUUGAAUCCAUCAUGUGACAUUGUAGAUGAGAAUACCAUAGAGAUUCCCUCUAGCCAUGCUGAACAAGAUGAAGAUCCCCUAAUGAACCAUACAGGCACACCUGGAGCGUGAACAAAGAUUGGAUGCAUGAAAAUGUGGACAAAGACACUCAGUUUUAUCAGUGUGGAAUGCACAUGGUGGCAUUAUUGCACCUUUCAGGAGCUGCACAGCAUCAUCAUGCAUAAAUCUGGUGAAGGCACAUGUAGUUGCUAGGUGUUUGACUUCUUUUCCUUUUUGUAAGCAUUUGUUUCAUUGACAGGGCUAAGAAUCCAAUGGCCUUUUGGUCUGCUUUACAAUAUCCUCAAUUUUCUAAGUCUACAAUCUUCUAAUCCAAGACUGGCGUGGUCAGAUAUCCGCAGCUUCAAUAUCUACAAGAACAUUGACUGUUGCUGGCACUUUGUUUCCAGGCUCAAACCUUCUAUGAGCCACAAAAGGUGGAGGUGAUCUGUCCUCCAUGCUGUGUGCAUGAAGGGCAAUAAUGUAUAUAUUUCUCAAGCUGUGGAUGAGGUAAAUGUCUGAACCUUACAGAACCCUUGACAUGUAUGUGUGCGUUGCAGUACAUAUGUCUUUUGAUGCCAUCAUCCGCUGCUACCAAGCUCCGAUGUCAUGGCACUGGUUAUAAUUGUUAACCGAACAGAGUUGAAUGUACAAAUUGUAUGAAAUCUGUUUAUUGAAGUUUUUUUUUUUUUUGUAACAGUGAGUGUUUUGCUAAUAAAAUGAGCAGGCAGAGCCUGUUGAAUCAAACUGCACAAUCAUCUGCAUUGAAUCCGUGUGGCCUCCAGGAAGUUACAGAUUAUAGCAAGGUCACAGUGUCAUGUUCUACGGCAGCUAGCUCCAGAGACAAGCCUCCAGAACCAAUGAAAAUAAUGAGGCUUUCCUCUAACCCAUUUCACUCCCUGGUCACAUUAGGUUACAAGAUAAAGCUGUAACAGCAAGAGGUAAAGAAGUGCCUGAGUUUAUGCACUGAAACAACAACUUCACUAAAUAAUAAUGCACAGUAAGUCAGGCUAUAGGUUCCUGCAUAUAAACAGGUAGGGAACGUAAAUUAAGACUCAUUGUUAAUGUAAGCAUUUUGUAGUCCAGCAACAUUUGGGAUGCCUGGAUAUGGCUACCCCUGCUAAAGUUAAGUGGUUGCACAAAACCCAUUUUCACAUAAUCUACAGUGGAUAUAGUUAUCGUAUUAUCAUUCACUGUGGAAAGCACCAAAAGAGAAAAAAAAAUAGGCAAGUUAUCACUAGAGUAUACAGUUUGUAGAGUGACAAGUCCAUUAAAAAAAUAAUACAAUCUUAAGACUACAAAUUCCAGUUUUCACUUAAAUAAAAAAUGCAGCAAUUCUUCCCUGCAGAAUAUCAUAAUUCUACUAAAGUGGUCAAUAAAUCACAGAAUAUAUAGCCAACCUUGAGGUCAAAUACCACCUGCUUUAAUAUAUGUAACGCAGUAUGGGAGACGUCACCCUCCUAGUUGCUGUUCAAAGGCCAGCCGAGUGUUAGGUUUUGUUUCUUUCAUUUAAAGUUCAAAAAGUGCAGAUAAUUUUGAUUUGUAAGUGUUGUGCAGGCAUGGCCAUAGACAGCGUUAUGAAAAGCUAAAAAAAAAAAAAUGCUGGUUUCUCAUCUUCUUAACUGAAAUUGUGUGCUUGGUAAAGUCUGAAUAUAUUGUUCAAGCAUAUCAACAUCCCUCUUAAAGUUUGGCAUAAUACAUGCCCAGUAGUAACAGAUGGCUUUACGUUAUCACACUGGCUUUUAGAAUUUUGGUCCCUAGGUCAAUGCAAAGUACAUGCCAAGCUGUUGACCUACUACAAAUGUCUCCAAGUUAUCAAUAAGAAGCAAGAGACCGUAAUACAUUUUGUUCUUAAACUUAAUGCAAGUGAGAAAAUGGAAGUGUUGGAACUUGAGAGGAAAGGGUAGGGUGGAGAGUGUUUCUUGUUCACAUUUCAUCCCUGGUAGCUUUAAGUCUGGUCUUUUUCUUGAGAUGUCGUGUUAUUGCGUGUCAGGUUAUAUUGUGAUCUCAAGUUCUGCUCUAGUUCCUCGAGCUCUGAUGGUAAAGGGAUCCCCAGGUCACCCAGGAACAGAGACAAAGCUGUAAAUGCAUCCUGCAGGUAUGGAAAAUCAGGCCUAGAAAGAACAAAACGGAGAUAAGAAGGCAAUAUAGAAAGUUGCAAACAGGAGCAAUGAAAGCAGGUUAAGAUUUAUAUCAGUUACCUCUUGUCUGGCUCUAAUUGACAGCAAGAUGCAGCAAGUGGGAAAAAGCCAGCCGGACAAUCAUUAGAAACAAAUUUCUGCCAGAAGAGUUGGACGUUCAGGCCAAAAUCCAAUGUACGUGGAAGGCAGUCAGGGUCAGCAUAGACUUGCCCAAUAAUCUGCAGAAAAUACAGAAUUCCUAUGUAUCAAAACACUUACUGAUUUCUAAGAAGAAAGAUUGUUACUUUAAGGGAUAAACAUACAUGGAUAUUUUAUUCCAUUUACUAUCUUCCAAUCAGGAACUAAUUUUAACCAGCAAACUGGCCCCAAAAGUGACUGUCACUUGUGUUUGGACAGAAUUCUGGUAAUGCAGCUGAACUGGUGAGCAAAAACGUGGGUGGUUUCAGAAAUGCAGUAGAGAAUGGUGGAGAUUAUAAAGACAAUUUAUAGUAUUUUAUGUGGAAUGCAACUUUUGAGUAUUAGAUGGAGCAGAAACACCAAA